AUGGCGCCGGACGACGACAAGGACGGCGCCCACUCGAGGCCCGCGCUCCCGGGCGGCGCCGACGAGUACGUGCGCGACUCCAUCAGGGCCUCCCUCGGCCUCCCCGUCCCGGACCGCUCCCUCCGCCUCCAGCUCCUCGCCUCCGAGGACCUCCGCCGCCGCCUCCAGGACCAGGUCUUCUCCCUCGAGGAGGACCUCCACGCCGCCGCCCGCCGCAUCGACCUCCUCAAGAAGGAGUCCGCCAUGAACGCCGAGGGGAUCCGCCGCUGCGUCGAGGAGAAGGAGGCCGUGGCCGCCGCGCGCGCCCAGGUCGCCGCGCAGGCCGCCAAGCUCGACAAGGAGGUCACCCUCUACGAGCGCGACCUCGAGCGCGCCAUGGAGUCCUGCGACGACCUCGCCAGGGAGAACGACGACCUCCGGGCGCGCCUCAAGGACGCCGCAGAUCUUACUGCAUUAAAGAAUGAAGUGCAAGCUCUGCAGAGGGACAGGGAAAUACUCAAGACUAAUUUAAACAAAGCAGAGGAGGAGGUUAAGUUGCUAUUCGAGGAGAACAGAACCCUUGAUGAAGCAAACAAAAGGCUGCUUAGUUUACUGAAUCGAUCUGAAAGAAAGCACUCUGCCAGUAAUUCGACCAAGCAGAAGCGCAAAUCAUCAAGUCUGAAGGAUACCAGCCCAGUCAGCCUGGCUAUUGAUUUCAACAGCGUGGAUGCAUCAAGGCAUCCGUUGUCACCCUUGCCGCUAAACUCUCCAGAAUGCAGGGUGCACAAAAAGUGAAGCCGGCCGUUCUGACAUCUUCUUCUGAGUGGCUUCAACUGAAUAUCCAGAAUUAGGCAUCAUUGAGGGCUGUGGCGUGCUGCUUCAUUGAUCUAACCAACUAGCUGGGUUCUUGAUGGUAGAACCAAAAUCAUGUAGCCUAGGUUUUCUUGUUUUAGUAGCUGCAGUUGUCAUGAUUCUUUCAUGGUAAAACUUAUCUUACUCUCCAUAAGUUAGUCGUAAAAUCUGCUGAGCUCACUGCUUGCUCCAUGCCUGUGAUAAAUCAUAAAUGUGUGAGAGAUUGUUGUGGAAGUGUUAAUUUGAUCCUAAUUGUGGUCCGUUUGUCAUGGAUAUAUCAUUUUGGUGUUAUGUCAGCUAUGGAUAUUUGAGUUU